AUGGCCAAUAUUGCACGAUGGAUUGAAUUAAUAUCUAAACAGAAAUAUAGCUGCUCCUACACAUUCCAAUUGGAUGGGAUAGGGCUCCUGAGACAGCUGCAAUUCGAGGAGUUCCUGUACAGGAAGGUCGCUCCGGUAGCGGAACGGUGUCUCUUCUUCAUCGUGAACAACCACAGCCGAACAGGUUCCAAGGCGGUCGUUUUGGGUCUGGCGGGGAAACCCCAACACUUUGUGAAGGACGUCGAGGAAACCAAGGCAAGAGGAAUAUCACUUAUACGCCGUUUCACCGGAGGAGGGACUGUUAUUGUGGAUGAAUGCAGUGUCAACACGAGUGUUAUCGCAUCUACACGUUUUGCGGAUAAGCUGUCUCCCACUUAUAUUUGUGGAUGGAGCUUUGAAAAUGUCUUCCGAAAUAGUGGAAUCUUUAACGAUCGGUUUGUUCUUAUUGAGGGUGAUUUUGUCGUUAAAAAUUCGAAUAAAUUGACCCCUGAUGAACGUUCUCGGAGCCAUGACAAUGCGCAGGGGGAUCUAGAAUAUCACAAGGUGGCAGGUAAUUCACAAGCAUAUAACGCAAAGGCAUUUGUUCAUCACACAGUAUUCCCUUGGGAUAUAUCGCCCCUCAUAUCGGAAGUGCUGCUGCAUCCCGAGAAGGCACCGGAUUAUAGAAAAGGUCGAAAACAUACAGAUUUUUUACGAAGUAUACGUGAAGCUUUGGAUCCCAAACAAUGCAUAAAUACAAUUAAUGAUUUCGAAAAUAGUCUAUGUAAAGGAAUAGAAUCGAUUUCAUCAAAUAAGCUAGACCGACAUGUACACGUGACUGUCUCUUUGGAUUCAGCAGGAGCAGACGACAUAACUAAUUCACUACAAAGUGAUUCGCUAUCCCUAUCAGGGGACUUCAUUGAGCAAGCAAUAUCAAUAUUGGACUCCCCAUCAACAAUGGAAUACUGA